GCUGCGUGGGGGGGCAGCGCCCUCCUGUCCCCAAAACUGCGGCACCUCCUCGAGGGGAUCCACAGGGCAGAUUCGGUGACGUGGAACCCCCACAAGCUGCUGAUGGUGGGGCUGCAGUGCUCGGCUUUCCUCAUCCGGGACGGAUCCGGUCUCCUCCAGCGCUGCCACGGGGAGGGGGCCCCGUACCUGUUCCAGCAGGACAAAUUCUACGGCCCCUCCCUGGACCCGGGGGACAAAAGCCCCCAGUGCGGGCGCCGCCCCGACGGCCUCAAACUGUGGCUGCUCUGGAAGGCGCUGGGACAGAGGGGGCUGAGGGAGCGCGUGGAGAGAGCAUUCGCUGCCUCCCGGUGA